AUGGAUGAUGCAACAGCCGCUUUAGCAGGCCAUACAAAAAAAUAUAAUAUACCAUUGAGUCAUUUUGAACAUAAAUAUAUACAAAAUUGUACAGAUGGAAAAGAACUUGAACGUAUAUACAAAGAAUUAACAGGUGGUGAAAUAGGUUCAUUUCCUGCUUUAGAACAAUUAACACUUGAUCGAAUCAAAGAUAUAAAACCGAACAGUCAAAUCCUUCGAAAAGAUAAAGCUCCACUAGAUAAAUCAGCUUUACCCGAUGAUGAACGUAAACAAAUGGAUGAUUUUCUUAAGCAAAUGCUAGAAAAAAAGAGAACAUCGUCUAUUAUUGCUAAAGAUCAUCAGAAUAAUGGUUUUGAUUCAGUACCAAUCCGUUCCAAAUCUAUAAUUAGUAAAACAAUUACUCCAACGACAUCGGCACCUGUGAUAAACAGUAAUGGUAAACAGAAACGAAUAGUACCGAGAAGUUAUGAUGAAUGGGGAAAACUAGACCAGCAACUUGAUAAAGAAUUGAAUAGUGAUAAUGAAGAUGAUGAAGUAGAUGAUGAGGAUGAUGAGGAUGAGAAUGAUAACAAUAAUAAAGAUGAAAAGACAACAAAUAAAUCUCACCCUUCGAAUCCAAUUCAUGAGAAAAGUCAACGUCUUCAAAUGGCUGAACAACAUCGUCUAAAUGGAAAUACUGCGUUUAAAUCUAAUAAUUAUCAACAAUCAAUUGAUUUAUAUACAAAAAGUAUUAUGCUUGAUAAUACAAAUCCAAUGGCUUAUAUGAAUCGAGCGAUAGCCUAUUAUAAACUGAGUAAUUAUGAUGCAUCGAUUAAGGAUUGUUCUCAAAUAUUAUCAACUAAUCCACAUCAUAUUAAAGCAUUGUUUCGUCGAGCAUCAUGUUUAAUUGCUAAACAACAAUAUGAUGAAGCUAAACAUGAUCUUGACGUUCUUUUCACUGUCGAUCAAGAAAAUAAGGAAGCAAAAGAACUAUUGAAAACAAUUCCAACAGUUCAAAAGACAAAAGGUGUUCGAAUACCUAUUACUGAAGAUGAUGAUGAUGAUGAUGAUGAUGAUGAUGAAGAAGAAGUUAAUAGUCAACCAUCAAUUCCAACACCAGUUAAAAUUCCAAUCUUGGAAGUCGAGGAAGAAGAUGAACAAGAAGAAGAUGAACAAGAAGAAGAUGAACAAGAAGAAGAAGAAGAAGAACAACAACAACAACAGCAAGUACAAGAAUCAAAGAUAACUACCAAUGAAUCAAUUCAAUCGAUGAAUAUUGAUAUUCCUCAAAGAUCAAAUAUGCAUUCACGCCCAUGCAUAGAUCCUGAAGAUGCUUCUCCAGCUAUGUCUGAUAAUCAUUUUCAACAUUGUGAUGAUAUAAAUCAAUAUCAACAAAAUAUUCAUUCUCAAAUAUCAUCUCUAAAUGCUGGAGCUGGUCUUAACGAUGAUGAUGAUGAUAUGGCACUUGGUGAUGAAGCUAGUGCUGAUUUUACAGGAAAUAUGAGUGAUGAUGAUGGUCAUAUUUCACCUAGUUUAAAUGUUUCACCAACAAUGGACGAUGAUGAUAAUGAUGUACCAGCAUUAAUCGAGCAUAAACCAUUACGUACACCACCAUUAACACCAACAAAACAAACAAUAAUUAGGAGUACAAUUGAUGAAAAUAUUGUAUAUACAAUGAAUGAUAAUAACAAUCGAGAACAAUUUUCAACUAUAUCAAAUAUUGAUCAUACUGAUUUAUAUGAUAAUAAUAAUAUAACAACAGUAUCCAGCAAAUAUUCAUCAUAUGAACAUACUUCAAUAUCUUCAAAUUCAUUUGAAACUAAUGAACAUUUUCAUGCUACAUCAACUCAACAACGAUCAACAACAAUAAUUAAUUCUUAUAAUGAUCAAAUAUCAAAUUCAAAUUUUAGUUCGACUAUACAAAAUUGGUUACGUGAUUCAAUAAAAUUACAAUCAAAUAAUCGUUCAUCAACAUUUUAUGAUAAACCAUGGUCAAAAUCUUCUCGACCUUCGAUACUUAAUAGUCUUCAACGUGAUAUUCAAAAAUAUAAUGGAUCAAAUGAUUUGAAAAAUACUAUUGAAGCAGCAAAAAAAAUGCUUAAAAAUGGAGUACUCGAUUAUCAUAAUCAUGCAGAUCAUAUUGCUAGUACAUUAAUUAUUUGUGCUAAUUGUUAUUUAAAAGCUAAUCAUUAUGUACAUGCUAUACAAUAUGCAAGCGAAGCUUUACAAUACAAUAAAACGGAUACAGAUGCAGUGAUUUGUCGAGCUCGAGCAUUUGAAAAUGAAAAAUUUCUUAUUUUUAGUUAUGCGGAUUAUGCACGUAUACCAUCUACUGAUUUUAGUUAUACGUUAGCACAACGUGCAUGUGAAAAAUUGGCUAUUGAAUUGAAUAAAACAGAAGGUGAAACAUGGCGUGAAAAAUUACCAAAAGAUAAUAAUGAUGAUGAACGUUAUUUAACAUAUAUAAAAACUAAAGAUGAUUUUUCAACUAAAAAUCAAUAUGAUUGGUAUCGAGAACGUGGUAAUCAACUUUAUCUUGAUGCUUGUUUUAUUCUUGCUAUUCGAUGUUAUACAUAUUGUAUUGAACUUAAACCAGAUGUUGCAUCUUUAUAUUCAAAUCGAGCUGCGUGUUAUUUAAAAGUAUUCGAGCCACAAAAAACAAUUGAUGAUUGUGACAAAGCACUUGAAAUAGAUCCAGAUAAUGCACGUGCAUUAUAUCGUAAAGCAUGUGCAUAUAAAAUGUCUCGUAAUAAUCAAUUAUAUGAAAUAACAUUGAAAAAUUUAAUUAAAUUACAACCAAAUAAUCAAACUGUUCUUGCUGAAUAUUAUACAUCUCGACAUGAACAAAUACCAAGAAAAAUGAGACGACUUCGAACCAAUCCAAUAAAUACGACAACAUCUAAAUCAGUACCAUCAGUAUCGUCAUCAUCUGAUAUGGGAAAUUCAAAAUCACCAAUAAUUAUUGAAGAAAAUAAUCUUUCAUAUGAAGAACUUGAACAAAUUCGUACACAAAAAAUAACUUCAUCAUCAAUAAAUACAUCAUAUCUAUUUGGACAACAAUUAAAUUCAUUAAAACUUAAUGAUAUUAAAAGUCAAUGUUCUCUUGUUCUUCGUUUACCAACAAAAGGUUUAUUUAAAAUAGCUAAUUCAGCAUCAUCAAAAUUAGUUGAAGUAAUUAUUAAUGCUUGUCGAAUAAUGGUUGAUGCUGAAAAACGUUAUCAACAAGUACAUAAAUCUUCUAUAUUACAAUUUUCAUAUAUAAAAUUUUGUUUUAAUAUACUUAUUGAAUUAACAACACUUCCACGAAUUGAGUCAGCAUUAUUAAUGAUUGGUCAAGAUUAUCGAGCAUCACUUGAUGAUUUACUUUCAUAUUUUUCUUCGAUAUCAUCAAUAUUACAUGAUGUUAACAAAUUGGAUCGAUUACGAAAAUAA